CAAAAAAACACAGAGAUUUCAAAUCCUCCAUUAAAGCUCUCUCCUUCUUCUACCUCUCACUCUCUCUCUUUCUCUCUCUUCUUACUGUUUCAUCGAUUCGAUCAUGAGCAGGUCAGGUCAGCCUCCGGAUCUCAAAAAAUACAUGGACAAGCAGCUACAAAUCAAGUUAAAUGCAAACAGGAUGGUGGUUGGAACACUACGAGGUUUUGAUCAGUUUAUGAAUCUUGUUAUUGACAAUACUGUGGAGGUGAAUGGGAAUGAGAAGAAUGAUAUAGGAAUGGUGGUGAUUAGGGGAAACAGUGUGGUUACUGUCGAGGCACUUGAACCGGUAAAUAGAGCAUAACCGCAGUUGGUUUUGGUGGUGACUGGUGAGAUGUUUAUAAAACUGUAUGUUUGCUAUCUUGUAUUUGUUGAAAACUAAUUGAAUGAAUGCUGCAAUCAACUCUUAAAUGUUUCUAGAUUCAAUGAAGGAUGAAGGGUGGGUAGCCUUUUAAUUUGAUCCU